CGGGGGUUGGGGCCGCGGGGCCUGCGUGCGCGUCCCGCCGCUAAGGCUCGGGUGACCUCUUCCCGCCCCACGCGUCAGGCGUGGGAGCUGCGGGGUAGGGAGGGUGAUUUCUGGGGUGAGGGAGCCCUAAGGCUAGAGGGCAGAGACCGGGGAGCCAGCUGCCCAAGGCCAAGGCCAGGCAAGUGGAGGUGAGACGCUGCCCCAGCAUGAACUGCAUCCCCAGAAACAGGAAGUAGAAGCCAGAACAGCUAUCUGUCUGCCAUGGCCUGUGAGCCUCCCACAGACCCUGGUGGGGCAGCUGGUCCCCUGCCCACCUCUGUCCUGGGCUGCGGCACCCUGCCUCAAAGGAGCCCUCCUGGCUGGGGGCAAGAGUUGCACAAUGGCCAGGUCCUCACAGUCCUCCGGAUCGACAAUACCUGUGCACCCAUUUCCUUCGACCUGGGAGCUGUAGAAGAGCAACUGCAGGCCUGGGGCAUUCAGGUCCCUGCUGAGCAAUACAGGAACUUGGCUGAGAGUGCCCUCUUGGAACCUCAAGUGAGGAGAUACAUCAUCUACAACUCCAGGCCCAUGCGGCUGGCCUUUGCUGUUGUAUUCUACGUGGUGGUGUGGGCCAACAUCUACUCCACCAGCCAGAUGUUUGCCCUGGGCAACCAGUGGGCAGGCGUGCUGCUUGCCACUCUUACUGCUGUCAGCCUGACCCUGACCCUUGUGCUGGUCUUUGAGAGACAGCAGAGAAAGGCUAACACUAACACAGACCUGAGGCUGGUGGCCACCAAUGGAGCCCUUCUGAGACACCGGGUGCUGCUGGGGGUGACUGACUCAGUGGAAGGAUGCCAGAGUGUGAUUCAGCUCUGGUUUGUCUACUUUGACCUGGAGAACUGUGUGCAGUUUCUGUCUGACCAUGUUCAGGAAAUGAAGAGGAACCAAGAGUCCUUGCUGAGAAGCAGAUUAAGCCAGCUAUGUGUUGUCAUGGAGACGGGAGUGAGCCCUGUGGUGGAAGGGCCUGAGGAUUUGGAGGAUGCCCCCCUCCUGCCCAGUCCCGGUCCUCAGGAAAGACCACUCAUGCAGACUGAACUCUAUCAGCUUGUUCCAGAGGCUGAGCCAGAGGAGAUGGCCCGGCAGCUAUUGGCAGUGUUUGGUGGCUACUACACUCGGCUUCUGGUGACUUCUCAGCUGCCCCAGCCAAUGGGAACUAGACACACAGACUCUGCAGGGGUCCCAUGCCCCUGCCAGCUCAUAGAAGCACACAUUCUGGGCACUGGAUGUUGCCCAUACCUGGCCAGGUGACCUAGGGACAAAGUGUUCAUCUUCCUCCAAGACUGAGAAGUAGGGGAGGAGUCAGGAGCCUGAUGUGGUUGACAGUGAGCUCAGAUGAAAUCAGCAUUUGGGAACACUUUGGAGAGACUCUGUCUUGUUGAUAAUGGGGUCAUCAAGUGUACGCCAGAUGCCUUGUUGGCAUCAUAUGCUGUCCUGGCCUUGCUGAAUCUGGUGGCUGAGCUGGAAUUGCCUGGGCCUGCAGCCUGGGUAGAGGAUACAUUCUGUUGCCUGUGGAGCAUCAGAGACCUGUAGCUGACUCCUCAGUGCUCCGAAAAGGAUGCUGCUCUCUCCAAAUUGCUCCAGGCUGCUGAUGUCAAAAGCCCACUCAUUUCCAGAAUGAGGGAAAGUCUCAGAAGGAUGAACCAGCUUGCCGUCUGUUAGCACAUGAGCUGUAGAUGACAGGCUUGGAGAACAGGGGUGAGGAGACCAGGGUUUGUCACCAAGGGGCACUUGGAAAAGAAGACCCUGUUGGUGGCACUCAGACUGGUUUUGAGCAGCCACAUGCUGGCUUGUGCUGUUAAUUCUCUCCUUCAGAGGAACAGUGGUGCUUUCUGACACUCCACUGUUCUGGAACAAAGUGUGAUCAGGGUUUGAAUAAAGAGUUCAGAGACUUCUCCAAGAGUUUGAAGACUGCCCACAGCCCUCAUCUUUGUAAAGGUCCAGCUCCAAGAACCAGCUUUGUGAUUUCUGUUCCCCACAAAUCACCAUUAUAAGUUGGAACUCUUCCCUGAACUGGCAGAUGUAUUUGUUCCUGUUGGACUCUUACUCAUACUUCAAAACCCGCUUUCCUUAGACCUUCUGCUGCUUUGCAUCUCAUUGACAUUCCUGAUGGAGCUGCUCCUAUUAUUGAUAUAUUCUAUCAUUCCAUUUUUCUCCUGUACAGACAUACCUCUUUUUCUACUGAGACCGUAAACUCCUCAGGAUCCAACACUGUACCCAUCUUCCUUUUGUGAAUGACCUGGACUUGCUUAGAACAAAAUAAUUCUGAAAAGUCCCAUGGAUCGGAUGCCUUAUUAUGGCAAGUUGUUCUGCCAACAUGGUUGAAUGAUAAGACCCAGGUCAUGAUGGACCAGAAUUCUGGUUUUGAGCUGUGUCACUUUAUUUGUCCAUCCUCCAUGUGCUGGAAGAUUCUGGCCAUUUCCAGCUUAUUGUGCUCUUUGUUAUUCUUACCUCAUGCACCAAGUGCUCCCCUGACCCCUGACUCCAGGCUGAGGUAUUCUUGGUGAUGUGAGCUGGAUUCUUGUUUGUGCACUUCUGCCAUCUCUAGGGCUGUGUGGCCAUGGCUGAGUGCAGUGCCUUCUCCGUGUGUCCACCGACCCUUUUGUAGAGCCCUGUGGUGGACCGAAAUGGCACAGUGCAGGAGACUUUCUGAGUAAGACACAUCCUACCUCUUUGUUUUCUCUGAGCCCAAGAUGGAGGAGUACCCCAGCCAUGUCCUGAGACAGCUUUGCUCAAUGAAAUUGUUCACUGUCUUGAUCCACUGUGGGAAAUGUUACAGAAUUUGAUCAAGGGAGCCUAUGUGUGUCAUUUGGUCCCAUCAGUAUGAUAAUGGAGAAUAAAACUGUGUUUGGUGAAUGACUGAG